AAAAAUGGGACUUCUCACAUCUAUCCCCUGGUUCACGGCCAUUAUUACAAGACGACGAUGAAGCAGCAGCCCUAGAAAAUGAAGGACAACGCAAAAGAUAUUACAAUACAAAACAGACAGCCACAUAUACGGCUAUCCUAGUAUGUGAUAAAACCCUCAACGCAAACAAAGUUUGUUCAAAAAGUGUAGAAAAAAUGAAGCCAAGAAUGGAGCUCUGAAACAAGACAUGAAGCCUCCGUCGUCCUCCUCUGCUUCCUCCAGAUCCCCUUCUUCACUCCAUCCCCCAUCCUCUCUCUGCACCCCGAUUCAAGAAUGUGAAAGAGAAGAAGACGAGCUUAGUGAAACGAAAUCGCAAUCCAGGCCAAGUACUGGUCGUAUCGGAAAAUCUCCCAGUCUUACGUACCAUCCAACACCACUUCAUGAAAAGGAAGUAAAAGCCAAGAAAAAAUGUGAAGAAGAUGGGUCGGUCAUGUGCAACAAAUGCCGGCCACACUCGCGAGAGAAGAUUUCGGUGGUUCCGUUGGACAACAACGGCGGCGUAAACAAACACUCAUUCCCAAUCGUUAGUCCCAACACAAUUUUCAAGUCAAUCUUCUCAUCUUUGACAAGAAAGAGCCCCAAGUCGGCUGAUUCAAGGGAGGAGCAAUGGAAGAUUGCGGUGGCUGAGCUGUCACAUAAGUUGAUUCAAGCAACAAGAAAGAGAGAAGAGGCUGUUCUCGAAGCUUCCAGGUUAAAGUACUCCAUGGCUGAAUCAGAGAAGAAAUUGAACAAACUUGAAAUCUACUGUCACAAUCUGAAGUCUGGAUUUGACAAAUGCACUGGGAAUUCACCGCAUGUUUAUCAACACAGCGUGAUAGGUGAUAAAGCAAUAGAGCAGUUUCUGGUCUCUGUUUCUGACGCUAGGUCCUCUGUUCGCUUGUUAAGUCGGUCACUAACUUUGCAAGCGAGGCACGUAGGAACCAAAGUUUAUGAAAGAAUAUCUACGCUUCUACAACCUUAUGGAAUCAAGAUUUCAAUCUCCAAGAACCCCAAGAGUGUUCUAUUCUAUUUAGAGGCUCUGUUGAACUAUUGUUUCUUCGAAGAUUUCGAGUCAAUCGGGUACCAAAAGAACUCAACAAAUCAAAUCCUGAACCCAAUUGAUAGAUGUGAAGCGAACUACGAUUCGUUUAAUGUCUUGAAAAAAUUAACCUGGGAGGAGGUGUUAAGCAAGGGAACAAGGCAUUUCAGUGAGGAAUUUAGCAGGUUUUGUGACAGGAAAAUGAAUGAGAUUGUGGCGAUGUUGGAGUGGAACAGGGCGUGGCCAGAGCCAUUGUUGCAGGCCUUCUUUGGUGCCUCAAAAAGCGUGUGGUUGGUACACCUUUUGGCUAACUCAGUGCAUCCAAGCUUGCCUAUCUUUAGGGUGGAUAAAGAUGUCAGCUUUGAUUCGGGUUACAUGGAGGACAUGGGUGGCGACCGAGCCAAUAAGUUGGUUCCGAUCACCGUCCGAAUCAUGGUUGCACCUGGUUUCUAUGUCUACAGCAAUGUGGUCAAGUGCAAGGUGCUUUGCAGGUACCAUAAUCAGGGUCUAACCCCAUCACCUUAGUUAGGGUUUGACUAUUUUAUGCUAUAGUGUUUGUUAAUCAAGUGUUCUGAUGGAAAUGGUCAGGAAUGUUGGGAUUGAGGCUUUUUUUGCAUGAAAAAUAAAUAAUUGGCAUUUGGCAUUAUCUU